AUUUGUGUAUAUCAAGCAAGCAAGCCAUGAGACGAUGAACAUAUUCAUAGGCAUUACUCAUUAGGCUCUAUCUAUAUCCGUUUGUUCCUUCCUUUUUUUCCCUCUCUUUAUUACUAUUUUUUUUUCUAAUUGGUGCGCUAGCGACAGUGAUCACGUUAAUUAUGAGAGUUACUCCAUUAAUGUAACAUUCAUUGUAGCCUCUGGUUUUAUGGAAGGCUUUCCCGAGUUUUAAGCUUAGGUUACAUACUAGUACAUGCGGCAUAGGCCUCGUUUAAUCGCUCUCUCUCUCUCUCUCUCUCCCUCUCUCUCGAAAAAGCUGCAAUUUUUGCUCACUCUGAUAAGCUUUAUCUCCCCCGGUCCCCUCUAUAUAAAGGAAAGCUUCACCCUAUUCUAUUCCCUCACACACACUACUCUCUCCUAAUCCCUUAUUCUUCCAUCGAUUUUGCUACUAUUGUUGUUAUCAUGGGAGAGUCUGAGUUUGUUCCUUCGGUGGCUGUGAGUGUGAGAGAGUUUGAUCCAACUAAAGACAUAGAGAAAGUGGAAGCCGUUGAAAGAAUAUGUGAGGUUGGACCCAGUGGAAAGCUUUCCCUCUUCACCGACCUCCAUGGUGACCCAAUUUGCAGGGUCCGCAACUCACCUACUUUCCUCAUGCUGAUAGCCGAAAUUGGCCAAGAGACAGUAGGAAUGAUAAGAGGUUGCAUCAAAACCGUUACUUGCGGAAAAAAGCUCCACAGGCAAGGAAAAAACAACACCGAGCCAAAACAAGUCCCUAUUUACACCAAACUAGCCUACAUAUUAGGCCUUCGUGUUUCUCCACAUCACAGGAGAAUGGGAAUAGGGAUGAAGCUUGUGAAGAAAAUGGAGGAAUGGUUCAGGGAUAACGGGGCAGAGUAUGCAUACAUGGCUACGGAGAAGGACAACGUUGCAUCCGUCAAGUUGUUCACCGACAAAUGUGGGUACUCAAAGUUUCGUACCCCCUGCAUUCUCGCGAAUCCUGUUUUCUCGCAUCCUGCUAGAAUCUCUCACAAAGUGACUAUCAUUGAACUCUCUCCGAGCGAUGCCGAAAUACUCUACCGCAGCAAGUUUUCCACAACGGAGUUCUUCCCGCGCGACGUAGACUCCGUUCUCCGUAAUAAGCUCUCCUUAGGCACUUUUCUUGCCGUCCCCAAAGGCUUGUACCGGGCUGACACGUGGCCCGGCUCAACCCGCUUUCUUGAGGGUCCACCACCCUGUUCUUGGGCCCUAGUCAGUGUGUGGAACUGCAAGGACGUGUUCACACUGGAGGUAAAAGGUGCUUCGCGCGUGAAGAAGACGCUCGCCAAGACCACUCGCGUCCUCGAUCGUGCCUUCCCCUGGCUGCGCUUGCCCUCCGUUCCUAAUUUCUUUGAGCCCUUCGGGUUUCAUUUUUUGUAUGGGCUUGGAGGAGAGGGCCCGCAGGCCCAGAAGAUGAUCCGGGCUUUGUGCGGGUUUGCCCAUAACCUCGCCCGGGAUCGCGGCUGUGAGGUUGUGGCCACCGAAGUUUCAAGCCAAGAACCGUUACGGUGCGCUAUCCCGCACUGGAAAAUGCUCUCAUGCGAAGAAGAUCUGUGGUGCAUUAAGAGAUUAGGAGAAGAUUACAGUGAUGGCUCUCUGGGUGAUUGGACUAAAUCCCCUCCAGGCUUCUCAAUUUUUGUUGAUCCCAGAGAAGUUUGAUUUUAGAAUAUUAGUUAACAUCUAAUUAGGAAAGUAGUAAUUAGAAAAAGGAAAAAUAUCUGUAGUUUUAUAAUUUUGUAAAGAAAGAAGGAAUAUGAAUAUCCUAUCUUUUUUUAGAAUUUUGUAAAUAGAAAAAUGAAUUUGACUUUCUAGAUCCCUUUUUCUGGCAGAACAAAUUAACCUUUUUGUUUUCUGGUGAUAAUAUCUUGAUA